AUGUGCACAGAGGCGGACUUGUAUUACUGGGCGGAGAAGACCCACUGGGCCAUCGGUACCGACUGCGAGGUUGACAGGGCGUGGAUUUGUUCUACUGGACCCGACAUGAGCGCCUUGAGCCCCGUGGGCGUGAGCCAGUGGUUGAUCCACGACGGCACUGCGUGGGUUGCCGCGCGCGGCCUCAGCGUCGUGCCACAGGCGACGCACAGCGAGGCGGCGGCGGCGGCCAACCGUGGUGGCGGCCCCCCUGCCGGUGCCGCGGCAGUGGCGGCCGAUGUUCCCGAGCCUGCGGACGGCCAGCGGGCGCUCGGGGCAACGGUGGCCGCGGCGUCGAAGACGGGCGUCGUGAAGACCUGGUGCUGGGACAAAAGGUUCGGGUUUAUUUGUCCGGACGACGGCGGCGAGGACCACUUUUUCCACCAGUCGGCCUUGGUGGGCUGCAGCGAGAUCGACGUAGGCACCAGGGUGCACUACGAGACGGUGUACGACGAGCGGAGAGGCAAGCGGCGCGCCCGCAGUGUGUCUGCAAUGUUCAAGGGCGACGCCGGCGGCGACAAGCAGCACUGCACAGCUCAGGCUAAGGAGAAAGCGAGCGUCACGGCCCAGUCGAGCGCGGCGGCCGCGAGUCCGCCGGCGGCCGACGCCAAGGCGUUCAAGGAGUUGAAGGUCUAUGAAGCCCUCGCGAGCAUAGGCGUCAGGCGGGAGCCGCACGUGAAGUCCGAGACCGGCGGCGCGCAGAGGGGGGUUAGUCAGGAGGUGGAUGGGACCGGCGGGCAGCGGUACUUGAAGCUGUGCCACGCGCCCGGCUGGGUGUGCACGCUUGGCGAGAAGAGCGAGGAGUUGCGCUACCUGUCUGCGUACAACGAGGUCUUGGCAUGGAAGGUACGUCAAGCUCUCGCUAAUGACAUGAUGACGUUCUACUCGCCGGAAGAGCUAUUCGCAGGAAACGUAACGCUGCUCGAGAUGAUUUGUGCGUCCGUGUGCGUGACUUCGAUGGUAUGUUUCACCCUGGAGAAGCGGUAUCGCAACGAACGAUCUUUUGACAUGGAGGCGGGGAACAACACGCGUCGUAUGGCUGCUCGCGGGAACGCGACGUCCUUCCCGAUGCCGUGGACGGACAUGCUCGCGCAGCUGACCGCCUUGGAGGAAGGGGCGUCGAAGGCAAGGCCGCCGUCGGUGCCGCGGACAGGCAAAGAACUGGCAGACAUAGUGUCAGUGAUAUUGAAGUCCGGGGGAGACGACGAUACGGCAGCGAGCAUGGCGAAGUUCAUACAUCAGGCAGUAGUCCGUCGGGAUGUGGUCGUAAAGCUGAUCGAGGGGGCGAAAAAGCGUGGGCACCGAGCGUAUCAGCACGUUUGCAUGGAAGAUGUGCGAAAAAAAGCUGCGGAGCUGCCUGAUGGUGAGGUGCCGCCCGAGAUCAUGCGUUUGGUGCCUUUGGACAACGAGCUGGACAAGAUACAGAUGCAGAAGGCGGCGACGCCAGUUCCGCGCCCGGAUGGGUUGCAGGAAGCGGCGGAGAUCUUGGAAACGGCGAAAGGCAACGCCGUGGUUCUGGAGAAGAGCAGCUUCGAUGACGGGGAUAUCAAUGCCCAGCGCGUGGAAGCCUUACGAAGUUUUGUACAGAGGGUGUCGCCAGAAUGCGAACACGAUGGAACCAGCGAGCGCACGGAUCAUAGCGAGAGUGAGUCGGAGCACGAAGGUGCCCGAGCGAAGCGCCCGCGCGAAGGCGGGCGAGAAACGGAGCCCGACGUCGCGCCGGCGAAGGAGAGGGAAGACGCGAGAUUUUUGACAGAGGCGCUGGAGAGGACGUGGUUUACGUACGUGUCAGCGAACCCGAAGGACCUGGACGCGCAGAUCACGGCCGAGGAAAUCAGCGAAGGGGCGAAGCAGAUCUACCGUGCAUUGGCGGGGAAAUACCAGGACGUGAACGGUAAGAAGCAGAAAGUCAUGGGAGACAUGGCGAAAGUGCGCCACGUCCCGGGCCUAGGUAGAGCUGCCCACAAGUUGCUCGCGAACAUCGAGCACGCGUCCCGGCGGCUACCAGGGACGCAAGAGACACGACGGGUCAUGCGGUUCCAAACGAACGCGCUCCGCGUACGGUACGGGGUCCCCAUUUUCGUUACCUUUUCUCCCGACGAAGGGCACAAUAUGAUCAUGGUACGGUUGUCGCGCACGCGGCGCCGUGACCCCGUCCACAAUGCGGCGGACGACGCCGACGACGCGGCUGCGUCACGGGCCGCUGGUAGUAAGGAGUGGCCACAGGUCGCUCCAGAGACGGAUGAUGUGCGCGCGGCAAUCCCGCUGGCGGCGAUCCUGUCGCGAGUGUUGCGGGGAGACCCGAUGGACUGGGAUGCAAUCGAGAAGGAGUUCAUGCCUGCAGGGAUGUGCGCACUGUGCUCGUCGGUGAAGUACAAGAACCAGUACGCGGUCGGGCAGUGGAGCCGGGGCGACGGUCGCCGCGUGUGCCAGGUGUGCUUGGAAGGCAAGAAGAGCAGUGGCACGCCGUGGCAGUGCACGGAAUGCUUUCUGUGGAAGAGCCAGGAUGCGUUCCAUGCAUCCCAGCACCACAGCUCGAAGCUCACGUCACGGCGUUGCGUGGACUGUCCUGAGAGGCGAAAGUGUUAUGUAUGCGAGGGCCGGAAGUACGAGGAGGCGUUCGUGGGUUUGCAGUGGGACAAGGCGGCGAGGAAGGACAUUAAAACUUGCGUGGUGUGCGAGAAGGCGCAACGGCAAGAUUGUUUUUCGGAUUGGAUGUGGAACGGCGUUGCAGAUCUGCACCGCAAGUGCAAGCGCUGCGUCGCUGCGCCGAAGAAGGACAUGAAAACGUGCGCGGUGUGCGAGAAGGCGCACCGGCAAGAUUGGUUUUCUGAUUGGAUGUGGAACGGCGUGGCAGAUCUGCAUCGUAAGUGCAAGCAGUGCGUCGCUGCAGGGAGGAAGGAAGUGAGAACGUGUGUAGCGUGCGAGAAGGCGCAACAGAAAGAUUGUUUCUCUGAAAAGAUGUGGGACGGCAGGGCAGAACAACACCGCAAGUGCAAGCGAUGCAUCGACGACGCGAAGCUGCAGCGCGGGAAGUGGAAAUGUGUUGAAUGCAAAGGCGCUUUCGGCAGGGACGAAUACAGCAGCUGGUUGGCCGGGCGAACGACGCAGAAGGCGGAUGGGAAGCAAAG